UCUCCACUACCCAGUGCUCAGCUGUUCUGUUCUCUGCUCCUUAUCCGGAGGGGAAGUGCGAGCGGCCUUCCUCUUCAGGAUUGUACGACCAUAAUAGCAACGACUGCAACCAGCAACAAUGUCGAUCACCAUUAGAGAAUCUCUCACCUUGAAGAGCGGAACAUCAGAGUCGGCUCCGGUCCGGUAUUUGGAUACAGUUGACGCAUAUAAUGAGUGGGCAAAAGUAAGCACCAUACCUUGGUAUGGUGGAUGUCUACGACUCGGACGGCAAUUUCCUCCAAGCCCUUGACACUCUAGAAAUGCAAACUAUGCUACCCUCCUUCUUAAGGGUAGUGUCCAGCUACUUCCAGCCCGACGAUGCACCCACCAUGAAGCUAGUCGAUCUCGGAUGCGGCACGGGCAGGAACACAAUGCAGUUGUUUUUGACUGCACCUAAAAAUGUAGAUAUUAUAGGGCUUGAUGCAUCGCCGGGGAUGCUUGAUGUUGCCCGCAGGAAUCUAAGAAAGGUGGGCAUUGCGAGUGGACACAGCGACGACGAGGACAACAACUGCAGUGCCAACCAGGAUGAUCAGUUCGAAGUAACAUCGCCUAGGGAGAUUAAUAUGGUAUCUCUCAAUCUCUUCAAUAUCCUCAGUUGGCCACGUAUGCUGUUCCCUCGUUCAUGUUAUGCGAGUACGAGUACUAGUAGCAUAGCUACCGCUCCUGGUGACGAUAUUGAUAUAUCGACGACAGACACAGAAGUGGGAGUAGCAGGGGUAAUAUCAACUUUAGUUGUUGAACAUAUUCCCCUCGAUCUCUUUUUUCAAUGUGUCUCGGCCCUCCUGCUGCCGGGGGGGUAUCUGCUUCUCACCAAUAUGCAUUCUGAGAUGGGAGAGAUUAGCCAGGCUGGUUUCAUCGAUGAGGCGACAGGGACCAAGAUAAGGCCAGAAACAAGUUAUUGUCAUCGUAUUGCGGACGUGCUGAGCGUUGCUGAGAGAACUGGAUUGGAGGUCAUCGGGGAUGUGAGGGAGAGGACGGUGGAUGAGACGCUGGUGGAGGUACUGGGGAGAAGAGCGAGGAAGUGGGUUGGAGUGAAGGUUUGGUUUGGGGUUCUCUUCAGGAAAAAGACGUCUGUAUCUUGA